ACAAUUUUGACAAGUCAACCAAUUAUUAUAAUCAAUAUUCAAAUAAUUCGGUUAUUACUUCCAAAUUCCCAUUUCUUUAAAAGCCACAAUUUAUUUCCUCAACUAUAUUUCUACAUAAAUAGAUAAAAGAAAGUUGGUCCAAUCUAAUCCAAUAUUAUUUCUCAUCACAAAAGUCCAAUAUUAGAUAUUAAUGAAAAAAUUGUUGUAAAAAUUUCCAAAUAUGAUGAAUGAGUUUAGUUUAGAUAAAGCUAAUGAAUGGAGUUUACAAGCUAUUAUCAAAGGUGAUGGUUCGGUCAGCACUACUAGUAGUAACACCAUGAACAUGUCACCUUGUUAUGAUGCUUGGUUUGAAUCGUUAUUAUUAGGCCUCGAUGACAAUCAAGGUGGUCAAGAGAACACGAUGCUCAUCUUCAAUGAAGAGCUCGAGCCACUUAAUCAUAGUAUUUCAUCUAAGUCUCCAAAUAACAUUGUUGAUAGUUCCGUGUUGAUGAACUUUGAUGUGUACACUAGUAGUCCUACACGCGAGCCAAAGGAGAAGGCAACCGGUGUCUCAUAUGUUCAUGCUCCAGCAACCAUAUCGAAAAGAAGGAAAAACAAACAUAAAAUCAUAAAGGUGGUUCAACAAGCAGGAGCUGAUCGCGUUGAGUCUGAUAAAUGGAAUUGGAGAAAAUAUGGAGAAAAAGUCAUCAAGGGUUCCCCAUAUCCAAGGAGCUACUAUAGAUGCAGUUAUACAGGAGGGUGCUUAGCAAGAAAGCAAGUGGAGCAAAGCAUUAGUGAUCCAGGAUCAUUCCUGAUAACCUACAUGGAAGAACAUUCACACCCUUAUCCAACUCGUCGCCAUUCUCAAGCUGGCCGUUGUGCUCGUAGGUUUAUUCGUUCUUCUCCAACCAAAGUUGUCGCGACAAGUGAAUCACAACAUGCCUUGGUGAGGACUAUAACCUUAGAAUCAUCAACUAAAAUUGACCGAGGUUUAGUUGUGCAAGGUAAUGAGGAUGAUGGAAGCAUUACAGAUUAUGUAGGAGAAGGUGUUUGUAUGGGAAAUAGGGUGCAUGAAGAUGAUUUUUUUGCAGGGUUAGACUAUUUGGAAGAAUUGAAAAAUGGAAGUUUGUGAUUAAAUCUUUCUUGGAUAAUCAUUCAAUUUUGAUCUAAGCUAGCUGUGUGUUUAUUUCAAAGGUUAAAUAUAAUGCAAUGAUGUUUUAUCUCAAGUCAUAUAUAUGCCCUUGGAUCAUUUGUAAGCAUCUAUGUAUAUUGUACUAAUUAGAUGUAAU